AAGCAUAAAGCAUGUCUUAACAAUAUUUAUCAGAUACACAGCUCAGUAGCACCUGCUAUUUGUGCACUGUGCAGUCAUUAUUUUAUAGCACCCCCUCCCCACGCACCACCCGCUAUGCCUAGCAAAGCAGAAAGGUCCCGGUGCGUCUCUACCUUGCCAUCUGUUUUGAGUCUAGCCAUCUAAUCCAGCAUGCAGUGCUCAGCAAGCACAGGGUUCUGGUUUCCUUUCCUGGUGGCCGCCCCGCCAAUAGUGCAGUUGUACAGAACAAUUCCUUGUGCUUGGCACCAUUGCUGUCCAUUGCUCUCCGUGUCUUUGGCAGGGAUAUGGCUUUGUCCAUUUUUGAGUUGAGUUUUAUUAUUGAGUGGAAGGGUUUUUUUAAUAUAGAACUUUCAGUCCUAAUAAAAUGUGUAAUUUGCAAAUAUUUUCUUUUAUUCUGUAUGUUGCAAUUUUUCACUCUAUGGUAGUGUCCUUUAAUGCAUGAGAACCUAGUUUGGAUGCAGUUACUAGUUGACUAGGCAGAAGAUGGCUCAGAGGAGCACCUGAUGCCUGAAGGAAUAGACUAUAAGACUACCACCAUCCUACUAGAUGGACGGCGUGUCAAGCUGGAGCUAUGGGAUACUUCGGGCCAGGGAAGGUUCUGUACCAUCUUCAGGUCCUACUCGAGGGGUGCGCAGGGAAUCCUUCUGGUGUACGACAUCACCAACCGUUGGUCCUUUGAUGGCAUUGACCGGUGGAUCAAGGAGAUUGAUGAGCAUGCACCUGGUGUUCCCCGGAUCCUGGUUGGGAACCGGCUGCACCUCGCCUUCAAGCGGCAAGUCCCAACGGAGCAGGCCAGAGCCUACGCAGAGAAGAACUGCAUGACCUUCUUUGAAGUCAGCCCGCUGUGCAACUUCAACGUCAUUGAGUCCUUCACUGAGCUCUCCCGCAUCGUGCUCAUGCGGCAUGGCAUGGAGAAGAUCUGGAGGCCCAAUCGAGUUUUCAGCCUGCAGGACCUCUGCUGCCGUGCCAUUGUCUCCUGUACCCCUGUGCACCUCAUCGACAAGCUCCCUCUACCUGUCACCAUCAAGAGCCACCUCAAGUCCUUUUCCAUGGCCAACGGCAUGAACGCUGUCAUGAUGCACGGCCGCUCCUACUCCCUGGCAAGUGGGGCCGGGGGCAGUGGCAGCAAGGGCAACAGCCUUAAGAGGUCCAAGUCCAUCCGUCCCCCCCAGAGCCCACCUCAGAACUGCUCUCGGAGCAACUGCAAGAUCUCCUAGCGGGACCUGUGGGUUCCGCCUGUUCAGACUGGGGCUUACGCUGGAGCACUCCUGGCCAGGCGCUAGGCCCUGCUGCGUGCAGGAAGACUUGGCUACACAACCUUGCCUGGGUCUCUCCAGGCUUCCCUCCACAUCUGAGCUAGUGGAGGGGAGGGGCGUGCAGGAGAGAACACGCUCCGCUAACCAGGCAGCAGGGCUGCUGGUGCUACGGGGGCCAGGUGUGAACCAGUCCUGGACUCCAGGCUGGAAGUGAGCCUGGCUCCCCUUUAUUUAUAUGGAGAACAUUUUACCUGUUUUGUACAUUUUUAAAGGGCUGUCAGGGAAGCCUGGAUGCCCCUCAUAGCCACAUCAGCCGUUGGGGAAGCUCAGGACGUCAGGGAAGGAAGGAUGAAGCAGUGAUGGAGGGCUUCAGUGUUGAAGCCAGAUGAACUCCAAGGAUUUGCUCAGAUUUGGGUGUUGCUCAGAGGCCAGUGGGGAACAGAUGGGGCCAGGGUGUAUUUCAGAUGCUUCUAGCAGCAGGCUUGGCCCCAGCUUCCAUAUCUGACAGAGGUGAUCAGUACCCUGGGCAUAGGCAAGGUUUCAGCUCCCGAGACCUCCUAAGAGCCGAGGGGAGCUGGUGCACCUUGGGAAAGCCCCACUUCCCCUCCCACUGUGCCCGGCACUUUUGGUGAUGUUUACUAUGCACAUCUCCGGCGGAGGCUACAGAGCUUCCGGUAGACUUAGUGCUUGGUGGCCCCUAGGAUCUGGGCUUGGGGCGCAGGGCCUAGGACCCCAGAGUCUACCAGCUUGUACUCCUCAACCUUGCUGUGUUUUAUGGCUGCUCCUUGCCUAUUGUGGCCCUUCUGCCUUUAAGUUCAUGUCACUGGAAUUUCUUAGUGACACUCUGGAAAAGAGGCCUCAACCUUGGGGGUGAACACCAAGCCCUCCUUAGGGACUCACUAGACUGAGCUACUUCUGAAGAAGCCAUGGACUGUAUUCUUCCACAAUGCUCCGCCUAUCCCAGUCUGCUCUGGUUAGCCUUUCCCCUGUGGGGAUGUUGUCCCCAAUGGAUGUCCUGUGUGACCACUCCCUGUCCUUGCCUGGUGACACAGCCCUCAGGCACGCUGGUGCUUAACUCUACCUCCUGCCCUCAGGGUCCUGGCUAUAACAGGAGCCAUGACCCCUUGCUGGGGACCUCUUAGUGCAUAUUUCCUAAGACCAUCUUUGCCAUGGAUGUUACUAGGGCACUGGUAGACACUGCGCCAGCCUGCAGUUCUGGGAGAUUGGGUUAAUGCCUGUAGGGGGGGACAGGGCUGUGGUUGUGGGAACUGCCUGAUAAGCAGUGGCCCCUGGGACCCUGGCCCAGAGGCUGGAUACAAUCAAGCAUCACCUUCCCCCACCAGUCCUGUUGCUGUUGACAGAGACCUUUUCUCUGGAGUCGCGAAUAGAAUGGUAUAGACUGUGAGGACUUGGAUUGGCCUGCGUGCACACCAUCAACACUACACUUGCUGCUGUGGACUCCACCAUUCCUGGUUCUUUGUUCUUACUUCUUUGUACAGUAAAUGUACUUCAGCAGUGA